AUGUCGACAUUUGCAAGAAGAAGAAUAAUUCAAGAUCUUAACAAAAUAAACAAAGAGCAGAAUAAAAGUUUCGAGGCAUCUCCUUUUGCUGAUAAUAUAAUGUGUUGUCAUGCUAUUAUAAGAGGUCCUGAAGAUACAAUUUGGGAAUGUGGUAUUUUUCAUUUAAUUAUUAAUUUUUCAGAAGAAUACCCAGUAAGCCCACCUAAAGUAAAAUUCUUAACAAAAAUAUUUCACCCGAAUAUUUAUACUGAUGGAAAUAUUUGUUUAGACAUUUUGCAAAAUCAGUGGAGUCCAAUUUAUGAUAUUACUUCACUGUUAACGUCUAUUCAGUCUUUACUCAAUGAUCCCAAUACAUCCUCACCAGCUAACCCGGAGGCAGCUAGAAUACUUAUUAGCAACAAGGCGCUUUACAACAAGAGAGUACUAAUGUGCGUUGAGGACAGCUGGGAAAUACCAAAAUUUAAUAUCAACAAUUUUAAUUAA